AUGCUAGGACACCACGAAACCAACACCAACGGUGACAAGACUCCAAUGGCGCAGCUUGAGCAGGUUCUCAAGGCCGCCUUAAGACCGUUACCCACCGAGACUGGUGAUGGCACUUAUGUCAAAGACACCAAGUUCACGGGCCUGGCGAAGGACCUGAGCCACGUGGACCUGGUCGAUAUCAAGACGUUGGCGGAUGUCGCCAAGAACGCAAUCACGGGAGAGACUAUGAAUGAUCGCAAUUAUAUUAUGGAGCGAGUGAUCCAGCUUGCGGCCGGCUUGCCAUCCACUUCCAAGGCCGGGAAAGACUUGACAAACACUUUCCUGAGUACGCUGUGGAAUGAUCUGCAACAUCCUCCUACCUCGUAUCUUGGCCGCGACGCUGCCUACCGUAAAGCUGAUGGUUCCGGCAAUAACCCAUUCUGGCCAAACAUUGGCGCCGCAGGCUCGCCAUAUGCCCGGUCUGUCCGACCUCAGACAAUGCAACCGGGCGCUUUGCCGGAGCCAGAAACCCUGUUCGAUAGUCUGCUUGCUCGGAAAACGUUCAAAGAGCAUCCCAACAAAAUCUCAAGCGUGCUUUUUUAUCUUGCAUCCAUCAUUAUUCAUGAUCUUUUUCAAACCGACCCCAGGAACCCAACAGUCUCCCUUUCGUCCUCCUACCUGGAUCUAGGCCCUCUGUACGGAAAUAACCAAGAUGAGCAGAAUGUGGUUCGAGCAUUCAAAGACGGAAAGCUCAAGCCCGAUUGCUUCUCCUCGAAGAGAAUCUUGGGCUUCCCACCCGGCGUUGGCGUUUUGCUGAUCAUGUUUAACCGCUUCCACAAUUACGUCGCUGAACAACUUGCACAGAUUAACGAGGGGGGUCGCUUCACGAAGCCGGAUGAGUCCAACACCAAAGCCUAUUCUACAUGGGACAAUGACUUGUUCCAGACUGCGCGCCUCGUGACUUGUGGCCUCUAUGUGAACAUUAUUUUGAAAGACUAUGUGCGCACAAUUCUGAACCUCAAUCGGACAGACAGCACCUGGAGUCUGGAUCCCCGUGCAGAGAUGAAGGAUGGCCUUCUCAGUCAUGCCGCUAAACAGGCAACAGGGAACCAGGUAUCUGCCGAGUUCAAUCUAGUUUAUCGCUGGCACUCUUGCAUCUCAGCCCGUGACCAGAAAUGGUCCGAGGAUCUUUACAGGGAGCUGUUCAAUGGUCGGGACCCUAACGAACUCUCAACUCAACAAUUCGUCAUGGGUGUGGGGAAAUGGGAGGGCACCUUGCCUCAGGACCCGAUGGAACGACCAUUCGCCAAACUGCAGCGCCAAGCUGAUGGACGCUUCAGUGACGAUGAUCUGGUUCGAUUCUUUGAAGAGAGCGUGGAGGACGUGGCCGGUGCGUUUGGCGCUUCAAACGUGCCAACUGUCUUCCGCACCAUUGAAGUCCUCGGUAUUAAGCAAGCCCGUGGAUGGAACCUGGCUACGCUGAAUGAGUUCCGAUCAUUCUUCAACUUGCAGCCCUACAAGACCUUUGAGGAGAUCAACUCUGAUCCAGAGAUCGCCGAUUCACUGAGACAUCUCUACGACCAUCCAGACCUGGUUGAGCUUUAUCCUGGUCUCAUCGUCGAAGAUGCCAAAGAACCAAUGCUUCCUGGCAGUGGCUUGUGUACAAACUAUACAACAUCGAGAGCUAUUCUUUCAGACGCUACAACUCUCGUUCGUGGGGACCGUUUCUACACAGUGGACUAUACCCCGAAGCACCUUACCAACUGGGGUCUCAAUGAGAUCAGCCCGGAUGACACUGUUGAUAAUGGCGCCAUUUUCUACAAGCUCGUCUUGAGGGCGUUCCCCAAUCACGUCCGCGGCGAUUCAGUGUACGCUCAUUUCCCCAUGGUUGUGCCGAGCGAGAACAAGAACAUUUUGACGAGCCUCGGAAAGAGUGAGAAGUACAGCUAUAGUCGGCCAACCUUCACCCCUCCCCCCCGCAUGAUCAAGUCACAUGGCGCUUGCAUGGCCAUCAUGGCCGACAAGGAAACCUUCAAAGUCACUUGGGGUCCGAAGCUGAAAUUCAUCCUCAGCCGUGACGGUCACUCGUAUGGUGGUGACUUUAUGUUGUCCGGGGAUAAUCCACCAAACGCCCAGUCGCGGAAAAUGGUUGGCAACGCGUUGUACCGCGACCAGUGGAAGUCCGAAGUUCGGUCUUUCUACGAAAAUAUCACAUUGCAGCUUCUCCAGAAGAGAUCAUACAAGCUAGGGGGCGUCAACCAAGUCGACAUCGUCAGGGAUGUGUCAAACCUUGCACAGAUCCAUUUCUGUGCAAAUAUCUUCUCGCUGCCGUUGAAGACGGAUGAAAAUCCUCACGAUGUCUUCACCGAACAAGAGCUCUAUGAGAUCAUGGCUCUGGUCUUCACGUGUAUUUUCUAUGAUGUCGAGGUGACAAAGUCUUUCCAGCUUGAGCAGGCUUCCCGACAGGUCGCCCAGCAGCUUGGUGAGCUGGUCAUGGCCAACGUGGAGCUUGUGUCGAAAUCUGGAUUUAUUGCCGAUGUGAUCAGUCGUAUUCAUCGACACGAGCACUUGACCAACUAUGGUGUGCACAUGAUCCAGCGUCUGCUGGAUAGUGGUCUCCCGCCAAAGGAGAUAGUCUGGACCCAUAUCCUUCCUUCGGCCAGUUCUAUGGUUGCCAACCAGGCGCAGCUAUUUAUCCAAUGCCUGGACUUCUAUUUGCGGCCUGAAAACGCUCAUCAUCUGGCAGAAAUCCAGCGUCUGUCUAAAGAGGACACGCCCCAAUCUGACGAUCUUCUUUUGCGAUACUUCAUGGAGGGCGGCCGUAUUUGCUCGUCCGUUGCAUUGCCUCGGGUGGUUGCAAAGCCCACUGUGAUAGAAGAUAAUGGCGAACAGGUUGACCUCAAAGCAGGCGAAGUGAUCUUCCUGAACUUGCUAACCAGCCUUCUCUAUAUCCAGGUGUCUGCCAGCCAUGAUGCCAAGGCCUGGCCCGAGCCCGAGCAGGUCCGUUUGGACCGUGACCUGAAUCAAUACGCACACUUUGGCUUCGGUCCCCACCAGUGCCUCGGUCUCGGUGUAUGUCAAGUGGCAUUGCCCACUAUGCUUCGCGUUGUUGGACAACUACAGAAUCUCCGCCGAGCUCCUGGGCCCCAGGGUCAGCUGAAGACCUUGCCUGCUUUGGGAGGCUUAACCAUGUACAUGGACGCCGAACACAGCGCGAUCUCGCCGUACCCUUCCACCAUGAAGAUUCAGUGGGACGGCGAGUUGCCUCAAGCGAAAUUUUCUUGA